UUAAGAGACAGAACGCCCUCUGUGUGCUGUGUAAACGAAUAUGUGACAAAAAAUUCGGACGGUUAACACGUGAGAAAAAAGAGGAUCUAAUUCACAAUCUGGCAUCAUCUAGUAACCAAGAAGAUUUUGCAUUUACCAAGAACAACAAAUUCACAAAAUGCCUUCAGAGACGACAGAAACUGUACAGCCCUCAGCAGAAGAUGUCAAAGAUGAAGCUUCGUCUGGUACUGAAUCUGACAGCGACGGCUCUGUGCCUGACUUGGAGGAUGCAGACCAAGCCACAUCACAACUGCACGCACAGCUUGGAACAGGAGAGGAGCCAGUCAGCAAAGCCAAGCAGAGCCGCGGCGAGAAGAAGGCCCGGAAACUCCUGUCCAAGUGUGGACUGAAGAAUGUGACAGGCAUUACGCGCGUCACCAUCCGCAAGUCGAAGACAAUCCUAUUUGUCAUCCAGAACCCAGAUGUCUUCAAGUGUGCCGGUUCGGACUUGCACAUCAUCUUUGGAGAAGCAAAGAUUGAGGAUCUGAGUCAGCAGGCGCAGGUGGUAGCAGCAGAGCAGUUUCGAACCCAAGAGCCCACCCCGACUAUCACAGGAGAGAGCAAUGCCACCACAGCCCAGGCUAUUCAGGAAGAAGAUGAAGAGGAAGAGGUUGAUGAGACAGGUGUGGAAUCUAAGGACAUUGAGCUUGUGGUGCAGCAAGCCAACGUGUCCCGUGCCAAAGCGGUGAAAGCGUUAAAGAACAACAACAACGACAUAGUCAAUGCUAUAAUGGAAUUAACAAUGUAGCCUGUUGAAUGUCUUCAAUUGGUCAGUAGCAUGUGAUCCACCUGCCACUGAGCCACCUGCCACUGAGCCAGUCAGAAGACAAGCUGUUCCAGUAGACGUGGACUCGACACGGCCAACACCUUGCACAGCGUCCAGUCUGGACAGCUGGAAACUAAGUAUUGGUGUCCUUGUUUCACAACCCAUGUGGUAGAAUACUUGAUACUGUUUAUGUCUUCCUAUUUUAUCACAUCCAGCACAAGACUGGAAAUUGUCGGCAUCCUUGUACAUGGAGCUGUAUCCAGUCAACAGAGAGGUCAAACUCUGGCAUUGACCUUAUGUACUACCCCAUGUUGGUCGUGUCCUAUCAAAUCCCAUCUAGGUGUUAAAUUGACUGCCGUUCGCUUGCGUUGAGCCAGCACAUGCAGUGCAGUGAAAUCCUGUGAAUUAAGCUCGAGUCAAGGAAGACAAAUUUAUACUUGCGGGUAUGUGUCAUGGAAAAUGUUACUUGUACUCAUAUUAUCAAAAUUUCAGUUCUGUCUAGUCUUAACCAGUAGAUUUGAUUGUGUAUUUUGGUUAUGUUUGCAAAUACUGCAAGUAUGGCUUUCAUGUGGACCAUUGUGUCUCUCUCUCUUGAAAAGGGGGCAGUGUUGAAAAUCAUCUUAAAUUCCAUUUUCAUUUUUACUAGGAAUAUCCCUAUGUUCCAAAUAUUCCCUCAGAAUCUGUGCUAGAAAUCUCCCUCAAUUCCUUAAACUCCAUUGGUAUUUUGUUUAGGAAUCUUGUUCAAUCCUCCACAAGCCAACCACGGUACAGAACCCACAUGAUGCGCUCUGUGUGCCUAACUGUAGCUCUAACGGUCCUCAGUCCUGUGAUUUCAUCGCGAUUGUACCUGCACCACUGGGGUUUAGAGUUAAUAGAGCUGGGUGGAGGGCAGCCCCCUUGACAUUUGUCACAAUUUCGCCAUGGUGCAUUUUGCUCACGAACUGAGCUUUUAGUAGUGUUUAGAGUCACUUUUUUCCGGUCAUUUAGGGGCACAUUUUGUGAAAAUUGGAGAUGCCAUUGUUGCACAGUGCCCAUUUUUUUCAAGACGGGUUAGCCAAGAAUGUAUACUUGUUUCCACUCUGGUGCUCAAUGUACUCGGGCUGGCACGCUUGUAGCCUUGAAUUUCAAAACAAAAACAUGUCUGAUUCCAAACUUCACAUUUGCCAUGAUAAGAUUGUCGCUAAAUGCAUGCCAAUUUAAAAAAAAAUUGAGCGUGGUACAACAGAGCGCUCCCGCUUGACCAAAAUAACCUGGCUCUUAGAGGGUUGAACCUCCAGGUGAAGUAGUAGUGACUGGGCCUUACCUUCCUCUGUCUGGCAAGAACCUACCAAACCGAUGGGGUCUGAUGGAUCCAGCAGAAGGCGUAAUCUUAAACUUCGAAAAAUGGGAAGGCAUUGAGGUUGUCUAUUCUUCCAGUUGCAGGGUUCCCACGGACACGGUCAUUGGGAAGUCCUUGGGGAAAAAAGUUGCCCAGAAAGUUAUGGGGAAAAGUCCUGGGAUCCUUUUGUCAGUCUGAAAAAAGUCGUGGAAAAGCCCAUGGAAAUCCAGAUCAAUCAUGUAAGGGUUAUUUUUGACAGGGUGCCUUUGAUGUUACAAUGAUAAAUGUACAGAUUAUCUUUGAUAGUGGCUCUAGGAAUUUUCCAGUGCAUAAUUAUUACCAAACAAAAAAUGGCUUUACAUGUCAUAGAAAUGGUCAUAUUAUAGCCUGGGAAAGUCUUGAGAAAGUCGUAGUAUUGGUUUAAUUCCCAAUUUCGGUGAGAACCCUGUUUUACAGUCGUCUCAUGAUGAAAGAUUGCCGGAACCUUGUUUUAACUGGUGCUAAUUCAUCGAGAUGCACACCACUAAAGUUGCUAAGCUGAGAAAACAGUUGCUUAGCAUAACCUGGUUAACCAGUCAGAAUGCCAUUUAUUGUGUGUUGCAUUGUAACUUGUUUUCUGCAUGGCAACUCAGAAAUUGGCCUGAACCUCGUAAAGACAAGAAAGAAAUGAAUUUCAACAGUACAGAGUUGGGACUUAAGAAGUUACUCUUCAUAAAAGUGCUCUUUGUACCAAGAGUCGACUGUGUAUUUAUGAUGCACCAUGCUGAAUGGUCUUUUUCUGAUCUCAUUUGAACAUCGUUUUCACAAAAUGUGAGCUAAUUUGGUUCUGCAUGCAAACGUGGUGCCAAUGAAACCCGUGAAUUUCUGUGUUCUGGAACAGCUUGCCUGAGAGUCUGAUUUUGUAUGUUGUACAGUCAAGUUGGUUUCCUUGAAAUAAAUAGGAUUUCAACAUUAAAGUCAA